ACCGGCGCACACCAAACGUGCCGGUUCUUCUUGGUAUACUCGCAAACGAAUCCCACCACUCCGCGUUCAACUUCAGUCUCACUGCCAGCGUCGAGCGGAGCUCGUCGGGAAUCGUCAGUUCAGUCCGGAACGUCGAGUGCUCCGGACGCGAAAGCGGUCUACCUUCUUUGGCGCGUACGAAUUUCGUAUUGACUUCAUGCAUACGCCGACACAAGUCAUAAUUUUGCCACCGACAACAAUCGACCAACGAGAUUUAGGAAUGAAAGGAUAAUUCUGCCACCUUCACAAUAUUUCAUCAAACGCGUGUUCUGUGCUUUAGUGCGAGUUCAACAUUUUUUAUUUUCAUUGAUUUGGUGCUUUUGUUAUGUGCGAAAAUCGGUGCCGCUGACGAUAAGUUAUCCACCCACCACAUCCAAACACGGAGAGGAUUUAUAAAUUGAAAGUUUCAUUUUUGUUCGCGAGUUUUUGAGUUUGGCUUUGAAUUGCGGGAGCCAUGGCGGCCUGCGUGCUGAUAAGCUUGCUGGCGGUUUUCCUGUUUGAGGCGCCGACAACCGCAACGGCCAUCUUUCUUGGUCACGAACAGGAUGUCGGAAGUCCUUUAAGAGUCGCACAGUGUCGUGCGACUUGUUUGGAAAGGUUUUCGUUCGACGGACCGAACGGCGAAUCCAUGUGCCUUCAGGGACCCGACUGCUUCAUGUGUUGGGAGAAUUGCGAACUUUUGCAAUCGAACUUCCAAGUAUGGGGUGCCAUGUGCGAAGAGCGAGAAAUAUGCUUUCCAGGCUGUCAGGAGGCAUGCCGCUUCCACGCCGAGGCAUCGACGCGAGCUCAACAAACCCAGCCGGUCAUCCACACCAAAGGCGAAGGCGUGAUAAGGGUGAACGGUGCGCUUGCAAAAUGGCCCCGUCCCACUUCCGUCAGUCUGACUACACCGCUCGUAUAUGUCGUUAUGAGGAAAAGCGCCUCGGGUCCAUGGCGACAAAUCAUUCAAACGCUAGAUUUGACCACUCGCGUGCCCAUGAAUGCCGAAGGUGCAAUGCUGAGAGUGCUUGUUGUUGACCCACAAGGAUUGGUAACAAUCUACAGUCCAGAUGAAAUUAGCGUGCGUGAGAACAAGAAGCGCAAGAAGAGUAUUAACACAGAAAUCAAGGCUACGACCUCGAAAAGUAUUCUAAGUGAUGUCGAUGCCCCGUGGGUGUUGAGGGAAGUGUCUUUGAUCCAUCAGAAGGUUCUGGUUAUUGGCGAAAUCGCUUGGGAACCAAAGACAACCAGAGGUGUAUACCUUGUAACCUGGGAAGUUGAUGGAGGCGGCUUGAAGGGCAAUCUGUUUACUGACUCCACCUGCGUGACUCUGUCGCUUUGGCCUGAUACAAUUUAUCACAUUCAAGUUGAGCUGGUUUCACAUAUGCCUGGCGUUGAGAAUUUGAAGUCUGAAAUGAUGGAUUUGGAUACCGGUAGAGCACAGAAAGUCAGCACUGAAAGCCAGGAAGACCUCAAUAUUAUCCCAGGAGAAAACCGUGAAGACGUCGACUUCAACUCUCCGUUGUUGUCUGUGCUCGUAAGCGCCGUUAAGGGAGAGAACACGAGGCACAAAUGGCACAACGCCGAGAUCAUCUUAGGCACGUGUACUGCCAUCUUGCUGUUCUCUAUCUUGUUGGCGUUAAUUUUCUGGCGAUGCAGACAUCAUUCCGGCAACGCCAUUGAUAACAUGAUCACCGGUUCAUCAUCCAUUCGGCGUCAUAAAUUGGUCGAGGAUUUCUCUGAAUAUUCAGGUUUCCAACCAAUAAUGACCGUUGUGGGUACCGUGAACGAGCGGACGCCUGGUGCCAGUGAACCGCCGACGCCGGCUGAGCCGCCUGCGGCAGCAACGCACGCAUGCCGACCGCACGACGUCGCCUUCUACGGCGUGCCGUCGCAAGCAAACAACGCGACAUCGCCAACGGACGCCGCCGACAGACACGCGCAAAACGUUCAGGUGUGACGACAUAGCAGCGACUGCAUAAAGCUAUCAUCGGCAGCAAACGACGCCGCUUCCUCAACCGCCACCGGCAGCUCCGCCAGCAAUGCGACGACAUCGAUGACAACCACGUAAAACAUGCGCGCAGUGUAUACAAAUAAAGUUCCUAAGUUAUUAAAACUAUAUUUAAAACAAACGCCAAAACGAGAAUAGAUAAAUGAAGAGCAGAAAUAUUUGCGCGUAAAAUUUUGAAAAUUUGGUGCUAUCGUAUCGGUCAUCUGCAUGAAGUCUAAAAUUAGUGGGUGGAGGAAGCGUGCGAGAAGAUAACGCAACAAAGGACGUAUUGCUGUAUGUGUAAAUGUGUAAAAAACUAGUCUAAUCAAAUGCAACCGAAAUGUAAGUGAACUGAACAUGCGACGAGUGCAUAAUUCGAACUGGAGUUGCGAAAAACUGGAAAUGUUCAUCGCCGUGGGUAAUAAAUGUAUGAUGCGUACUUCACAAUAUCGUAUCAAUAUUAUUGCUGCCAAGAAUUAACAUUGUUCAACGUGCAUCAGCCCAUGGGGCCACCAUUUUCACGUCCCUGGAAUAGGAUAACAUUUUGUACAUAAAAUGAUUAAAAUUACUCCAAAUAUAUUAUUCAUACCAUUCUUUGGCGAUAUAUGUAAAAUAUGGAAAUAGUUAGCUGGAUGCGCAACGUGUACAUGUAUAAAUAAUCUAUUUAAUUAAAUUAAUACGAGAAGAAAUAUAAAAAGAUAACUAGAAUAUCUACGCAAAUACAUUUACGAUGCUAACGUUUGUAAAUUUAAUUUCAAGACAUCAAGCAAAACGAAAUAAAUCAAAGAAUUAAUAUGAAGAAGUAACGUACGCGAUUAUGCAAUAUGCAAACGAGAAAUUAAGUCCAUAAAAGAAACAAAGCGAAAUUAUUUAAAUCUCAUUCCGAACACUCAUUCUCAUUAUAACGAAAAAUAAAUAUAUUAUUGUAACGAAAAAAGAAAUCUUAUAACUGUGUACCUCUAUUGUGAGAAGGAUACUCGAAGCUCUCGAAGCAUUUCAAAACGAGCCGAACAAAAACGUCGAAAAAAUCGUUUCUCGCAAGUCGGAGAAGCAUUGGUAUUCCAUUCGAUAUACUUGUCAAUAUUCGGACUGUAGAUUGAAGUAGUCUGAUUAAUGUUUAUAUUAGUUAGCUUCAUAUUUCAAAAUCCGAGCAGCGGCUCUCAGCGGCGCGGCACGCAUACACACAUACACGAGAGCCACAAGAACGGCGAGAUGAUUCCCCGACACGAAUACGAAAACUUGUUUCGGUUGCAUUUCAUACACGACGCGAGCCGCUUUUGCCCGUCGCGACUCGCGGCUCGAACAUGAUCACAAAUUAUUAAUCUGAUAACCUUGCGCGCUCGACUACAAGCGAUUUUUUCGUGUUGCGGUUGUACUCUCGUUCCGGCGUGUGCGUUUCUAUACGUGCAAGAGACGGGCAAGGGCAAUGCGCACGUCGACAAUAAAAUCGCAGGUGUAUUAAUUGCUUUUCACAUGCAUUUCGUAUGCUGCAACCAGUUUGAAAUUGUUUUCAACAGUUUGUGUUGAUACAGGUCAUGAACAGGCAUCUAGGCUUUUAUAACCGACCUAGAUUUUAACUAUUGAUUCUUUUUAUUUUUAUUUUAAAACUUGAAAUUGUUAAAUGUGAGAAAAUCGUAACACCGCGGGGAAUCAUAAUUAUGCACUUUGUGAUUUGUUAUAAUUUGUAAUAUUGUUAAGGUUAAUAUUAUAUUAGGUACUAUAUAAGUAAAGAAAUGACUGAUUUAUUUAUUGUUUUAUGAGGAAGUGUAUGAAAUGUGUAUGUGCACAAGAUUGCUCGCCGGCUCGCCAAUUCUAAACCGCGCAUGAUUUCACUCAUUGAUAUUUUCGUUUUAUUGUACAUACAUAUUUACUUGUAUCAUAUGAAUUUUCUCAACUCUCUAUUAAUAUCAUAAGUUAUUUUUCUAUUACAACAUGGUCUUAGUCACUUCCAUGGCUAAAUGUACAUAAUAAUAUAUAAUUAUUAUUCGUGAAGCAAA